ACACAUCACACACAUCAUAUAUUGGUGGCCUCCCCUCCCCACCGACCUUUGCUUUGUCCAGUUUCUGAAUUGCAUUUCACCUUUCCCCAACCGCCAACGUCGUUCUCGUCUGGACGACACUACCCAAAACCCCACCCUCCUCUCCUCCAAUAGAACCCCCAAAACUUCUGAAAGCAAAGCUACCUGUCUACCUGUCCAAACCUAAUUCGCCUUCUAUUUCUAAAUUGUCUCCGAGUCUGCCGUAGCGGAUUGCGUCUCUAAUCCUUUCUAAAAAUAGAAGAAAAACACAGAGGGCAAGGAUAUGGAGUGAGAAAGUUUAAAGAAGACGUUGCCUUUUACGUCUCCUUUGCUUUCUUCUUUGCUUCUUCUUAGCAAAGAAGAGAAGUGAGGACUUACCACCUUGAACCCAUCUCGUCCGAGCAGAAGUUUCUACGUUUCUCUGAGAAAGUUUGAAGCUUUUUUGUUGGGUUUUGGUGAAGAUGUUGGUGGCCAACAGUUUCGAUCUUUGGAAGAAAGAUGUGUUCUUUCCUGCAGCUGAGGAGGUGCAAGAAUCAGCUGACAUAAUGGAAUCCACAUAUAGGGCAUGGACCCGAAAGAGGAGAGAAAGUGUAGCGCCAGAAGAUUUGGAUGAACUCUGUAGGGAGCUGCAAACAGCUUUAGGCACUGCCAAAUGGCAGUUGGAAGAGUUUGAGAAGGCUGUCAGGUUGAGCUAUUGCCAAUGCGGUGAUGAUCAUACAACAGCUAGACAUAAACAAUUUAUUUCUGCCAUUGAAAAUCAGAUAUCCCAUGUUGAAACAGCAUUAAGGGCAUCGUUUAGUGCAGAAGGAAAGAAACAACUACGCUGGGUACAACUAGAUGAAGAAGAAUGUGAUGAUUUAGCUGCAUUUCUCUCGGGAACAUCCCAUUGUCUUCCAAGUGCUGAAGAUGAAUAUGUAGAACUUGGACCUUCUGUGAAAACCUUUGAGGAAAAGCCUAUGAGAAGAAACGAUCUGGACAUUAAAUCUAAUGCUGCCUGCAAUUUGGACAUUUCUGAUGAAAUUAAGGGCGUUACAGAUACGAUCAUUACUAUUAAGGAUCCAAAUUUUAUGAUGGACCUAAACGGGAAAGAAAUGCCAGGAACAAGGGAUGAAAUAAUUUAUCAUGCUGAUAGAACAACUAAUACAAGGAAAACACGGAGCUCACCAAAUUGUGAAUUGAGGAUUAUCAUACCUGAUGAAGCUGAGCAGAGAACACAGCUAAUGCCAAGCUUUCAGGACACACCCAAAGAAAAAGGAUCCAAACUUGUCUUUUGGAGAAGAUGUGGAGAAUUGCAUCAAGCAAAGGGAGCAGUUAAUUUGUUCAACCAGCUGUUUGGCAGGGUUGGUGCAUCUCAAAAGCAAUCACAAAGUCCACAGAAGCGAUGGCAAGGUCCAUUACGCUUGCAAUAUGGUCGUUCUGUUCAAGUCACCCUCGCUUUAAUGCUCACUUUUUUCCUGCUUGUUUCUACUACCGUGCUCAUGGAGGGAUCUCUCUUUGCAGUACCAUUUAUGUUCUCUUCAAGUUGAGAUAAAGCCUACAUAACGGAAGUGAUCAGGAUGGAAACUGAAAGGUAUUGGAGCUGUUUCUGGGUUGCGGCAGUCUGAAAAGGGAUUGCUUGUCUCUAACAUCUUCCAGUUGUUUUAAGGGCUUUGGAAUAGGCAUGCUACCACUGUUUAGUACUGUAUAGGAGUUGAAGAGGCAACAUGAACAAGGUAGUCCUUUUAGAUUUUCAGAUGCCCAUCAAAUGUAAAUUCAUUCAGGGUUUAAACAUAUGAAAAAUAUUCGGCAGUGUAGACAUUCUACAAUUCUUAUAUGCUUCGAACUUCAAUGAUGACAUUAUUCUAUACACCAUGACACAGUUAGGGGACCUAUGUACUUGUAAUGAUGUUUUUAGUGUAACCUAAUGCACGAAAUAGGUACAAUAGAAAAGUAUAUAUGAAUCAUGCGUGUUCAUUCAUGUUCUACCAAUAUUUUGGAGUGCGAGUAAAGAUGAUGAAGGAUCAUGCAUGACUUUUUUAUUCGUAUUCUCAUUUCUGUUCUACAUGAUAUCCCAGGAUUAAUGUAGGGCUGUGUUAAUGCAUUCAUGUAGAAGUUAGAAAAAGUACUGAAGUCUUACAAAAGAAAAAAAAAUAUAACUGAAACA